AUGGCUUCAACAAAUGAUGAUGAAGAGGAAGAGAGUGAACGUGAAAGUGAUGAAGACUCCAAGGAAGAAGAAUGCACAAAUGAGGAUGCCAACAUGUGCUUCAUGGCUUUGGAGGAACAUGAAGAUGAGGUUGCUGCUGACGAUGCUACCCAAACCCAAACCCAAACCCAGAUCAGGAGCCAGUCUGCAGCUGGGGAUGGCAGCCAAGCGGAGAUCAUAACCAUGGAUGCAAGUUUAUACAAGGCCGCAGCAGAUGGUUACAUCCAUGCCCUCCAGCAAUUCCCAGAAGUUGAUCUUCAGACACAGUUAAGCCCCAAAGAGAAUUCCGUCCUCCAUAUUGCAGCCCAAUUCGGUCAGCUUCGCUGUGUUAAAUGGAUGCUUGAAUUUCCUUGGUGUUCAUCGCUACUGCAUCGGCAAAAUCUGAAAGGGGACACUCCACUUCACCUUGCAGCAAGGGAAGGGCAUUUGCUGGUGCUGAGAGCUCUCAUGGAUGCUGCAAAACUGCUUCCCCUGGAUAUUGAAAGUGGGAUUGGAGCAGAAAAGGCGAUGUUGAGGUUGACCAAUAAAGGGGGCGACACAGCCUUGCAUGAGGCAGUCCGGUAUAAUCAUUCUGAGGUGGUCAAGUUCUUGAUUAUGGAAGAUCCAGAGUUCGCCUAUAGUGAAAAUAUUGACGGUGGGACUCCUCUUUACAUGGCUGCAGAGAGGGGAUUUGGUAAAUUGGUUGAAAUAAUCAUAGACAACACUCAUACUUUCCCAGGUUACACUGGCUUCACCGGUAGAACUGUUUUACAUGCUGCUGUAAUUCAUAAUAACACAGAAAUGACAAAGAAGAUACUGGAAUGGAAGCCAGCACUGACAAAAGAAGUGGAUGAGAACGGAUGGUCUCCUCUUCACUGUGCUGCAUGCAGAGGCUGUAAUACAACAAUAAUAAGGCAAUUGUUAGACAAGUCAGAUAAGUCUGUACCCUACCUUAGGAUCAAAGAUGGCAACUUAACGGCCCUUCAUAUAGCGGCAAGGCAUGGGCGUAUGAAGAUAGUAGAGAUACUGGCAUCACACUCUCCAGACUGUUGUGAGCAGGUUGAUGAUAAGGGAAACAAUGUUUUCCAUUUUGCCAUGAUGAAAAGGAAGGCAUAUGCUUCUGGUGAUCUCUUAAGGAAUAGGUGGUUGAGAGUGACUGGACUUAUAAACGAGAAAGAUGGUGAGGGAGACACUCCCUUGCACCUCCUCGCGUCUCACCAAGUUUUUGACCCCCCUUUUGUUUGGGAUGAUAAAGUGGACAGAAUGGCCUUCAACAAUCAGAGAUUCACAGCUAUGGACAUAUAUUCUAAGGCCAAGAACGCCUGCAUUUACCUUAUUCACCAAUACUUUGGUGAAAUUAGUGUGACUCAUAUUGGACCCAAGAGGUGGCAAGAGGUUACAAAGGGAGACGACGAUAGCGGUAGAAGCCAAGGCAAUGAAGGAAACAACCAAGACACCUCUAACUUGAUUAAGAGAAAAGGUGAAACCCAUCUGAUAGUAGCGGCACUCAUAGCAACGGUAACUUUUGCAGCGGGUUUCACCCUGCCUGGUGGUUAUAAUCAGAGUAAUGGCAUGGCAAUCCUAUCAAAGAAAGCAGCCUUCAAAGCAUUUGUGGUGAUGGAUACCAUAGCAAUGGUGCUCUCCGUAUCUGCCGUAUUCUAUUAUCUUUUCAUGUCAUUGCAUUCGAGAAAGGUGUUCCUUGACAAACACAUAAUUCGUGGCUUUUUGCUUACCAUGUUUGCUAUGGUAGCAAUGGUGGUUGCUUUCAUGACGGGCUUGUGCAUAAAGUCAGGAUUCGCUUCAGCAAGAAAUCUGGAGCUAUUUUAA